AUCAUUCGCCACUGUGUAGCCGUCCGGUCAGUCUAUAUGUUUAAAUUUCUCCCGAAAAGCAGCGCGCGCGAAUAAACGAACCGCAUUUGCACUCUAGCUUGCGUUGUGUUGACUAGUUCCCCUACUGCAUCCAACCAGUGCUCAAGGUACAAGAAGUAAAAAAAAAACUAGCCAUCGAAGAAAGGCAACCUAUUCGGAGGAAAAGGCUUUCGCGAUCUCCGCGUAUCUUUGUGAAGAGCAAAAACAGUACAUACGCCUAUCAGCAGUGUUCCUCGGUUCCAUCAUCUCGGCCCAGUAGUUGUGACAAUCACCGGUGCGGUUGAAGGAAAUUUGCGGUUUGAAAGGCAGAUUUUCAAGUACCACUGAUAAUCGCGCGACACCAAGCAUCACCUGUUACAAGUAGUACUCGGACAAGCACCGCGUAGUACUAGCAAAAUGAAAGUAGUUUUAGCAGUGGUUUUUCUGAUUUGCAUUAGUGUAUCAGAAGCACGGACCAAAGCAGAAAAGCGAAGGGACUAUGAAUUUGACUACGACACGGCUGCAGCCGGAGCACAAUAUGGUGCUUCCUAUUCCCCCAAGUCUGGUUACAGUGCCGGAAGUGGACUACGUUCGAUUGCGCAAGGAUCGGCUGAUCAAGCUGGUUCUGCAGUAGCGAACCAACAUGCCGCCGCUAAACAGGCAGCGUAUGUAGCGCAAAACACUCUUGCCCAAGCUGCGGCUCAAGCGGCGGCAACCGCGCAGGCUGCUCUUCAUGGAAAGCAGGUUUUACUGCAAGGUCUGGAGCAGCAAAGCUUGGAAGCGCACCAGGCACUGGACGCUGAAAUACAGCAACUGCAACAGGCCAAACGAUCGGCCAAGGCGGCCCAACAUGCUGCUCAGCAAGCGCUAAACCACGUGCAAGUCCUAACAGCCGCUCUGAACAACGCACAGGUCGCUUCAGAACAUGCACAACAGGCAGCUAGUGAAGCCGCGGCAGAACUGGCUUCCCAAACCCAGAUGGUUGGUUCAGCGAAGUCACGAGUAGAGGCGAUUGAAGAACAAUUGAACGCAGCUCGGGUUGACUUCGAAGCUACCCAAGAAGCGGCCCACAAGGCGGCCGCCUCUGCCCAGGAAGCACAAAACAACGCUGCUGAAGCCGCAGCUCACGCUGCUCUCACUCACCGUGUUGGUACCGUGGAUCAUCAAAUCCAAGCGAAAUCUUUCAAAACCCAGAACCAGCACCCGUCCGGAGAUGAAAUCAACAGCACUGAAAACGAGGGACCGGCCAACCACAAAUUUAGCGACUUUAAACCCUCACAACAGGGUUAUAAUUACCCUGGCUACUAACGCAUUCCAUCAGCAUCUUGUCAAGUUCAGUGAACUCUCUAUGUUUUAAUAGAAGCGAAAGCGAACUUAUGUUACAAGGAGAUAUUCAACAAAAAAUCAGCGAUUUGUACUAAGGGGCAAACUUUGGAGGUGUAAUGAUUUAGACGACGUUGCGAAGCACGAUCGACAUGUCUAAAUCUUGUCAAUGAAUUGCCGUGAGCUUCGCAGCGAUUACACUCGAUGAUACUAGAAAAGAAGUACCUAAAUAUUUGCCUAGUUUAGUUACCGGUUCUCCUAGAGGAUUUGUGUUGCCUAGAUAAAUAAUUAAAUGUGACAGGUAGUCAUUCGUUAUCGUAGACGUAAGAUGUGAAAACAACCAGUUUGAAUAUUUAUGCCAGAACAAUUAUCAAUAGAAUUCAUCUGCACAUCAGAUCUAGUUUAGUUAUGAUUGCAUGACUAGUUAGAAAUUAUUUAUUUAUUUUGAAGUUAUUACUUGCCAGCUUUGGUAUUAGUUUGAAAGAAACGUUGGUUUUGUUUUUGAUACAAACUGCUCUGUGCUUGAAAGAUGUUUAAAUAAAAAUAAAUUGCAAAUUAUAAA